CGUACCACGCAUGUGUCAGUGUGUAGGAGACCUGCAGUUUGGAAGGGUUAGUGAGCAACACACACACAAACUUGCCCACUCAGCACACAUGCACGCACACACACACUCAACCGCGGCAUGGGACGCUGCCGGACUAGCUGGAAAAUGAAACUAAUGAAGGGAAGGAAAAUCAGCCUACAGCAUGGACUCUGAAUCUCUGGACAACUGCAUUCAGAGCACGCUCUCCGCUCUCUACCCUCCAUUUGAAGCCACCGCGGCCACCGUGCUAUGCCAGGUGUUAGACGUGGUUGAGACGAAAUACCGUGGAGACGGACUACGCUACAUCAUUGACUUCCUGGUGCCCGCUAAACACAUCCUACAGAGCAUUCAACAGGAUGCAUGCUUCCCAUACUGUGGUUUCCUGUUUCGUCAUGAGGGCUGGCCGCUCUGUGUCCAUGAGAAGGUCAUAAUUCAGCUCUCAUCUUUGGACUGGCGUGUGUUACGGCCCAGCGACUUCUACUUACAGGUGACGCCAUCGCCCAAAAGUCCCCCACGCAUCACGGUGAAGUGUCUGGCAGCUAGCAGGCAGCAUGUGGAGGAGCUGGACGUGCCAGAGCUAGCAUACACCUCUCUAUUCACCAUGGAUUGGCUGGACUCCAUCAACCGGGAGAGGAGUGUGGUCAGAAAAGCCGCUCUGGAACACUGUCUUUUAUCAGCGGAUAAUGAUAUUUUUAGGGUACCAUGGGAGGAUAUUGUUCACCCGGAGUUUAUUAGCAGACCCCCCAAAGUUACAGAAGAAGCUGAAAGUAGAGGGGUGGCCAAGGAAGUUGCCAACAGAGAGGAAAGGGACUUGGAUGUAGAUCAAGAAGACAACCCUGAGGACAUACAAUGUAGGAUUUUUAUUGACACUUCCACAGACCAAUCGGGGGAGAUGGGUUGUCAGAGCAAGGGGGUUAAGCUCCUCCCUGCUCUCAGUGAGCUCAGUAAAGAUAGCAGUGGACAGAGCUCUAGCAGCACGGCAGAGGAUUCGGAGGGAGAGUAUGUGGAGCUAGCUGAUAUCUCCUUGCCACGCUUUUCCCCACAGAAGGGCUCUCUCACUCAAGCCAUUAGCAUGAACUACAGAAAUCUACAUAAACCACAGACUGCAGCUUCUACUCAGCCUAAAGCCAAACCAGAGCAGAGUCUUUUGAAGAAUGGCGCAUGCUCACAGAGCAUGGUGUGCGCCAUGCUGAUUGAGGAAAACCUGAGUGAUACCUACCAGCCUGUGAUUUUAACCCCCACUGCUCCUGCAGAGGCAGAGCGUCAACUACAGCAGGUGGAUGGGUCUGAGCGCACCUGUGCUGCAGGUACAGCCUCCUGUGACAGUGUGUCUGAGCAUGAGUCUGAGAGAGAGUUUAUGUCUCAAAACUCUGACUGUGAUACUGCUCCACUUUCUGAUACGUCAACACGUAACAUAUCACAAACAGACUGUGAACCAGUCAACACAUCACAACUAGACAGCAAUCUAGUCAGCUCAUUACAACCAGACAGUAAACCAGUCAACACGUCACAACUAGUCAACGAGCCAGUGAAGACACCACAAUCAGAUGUUAAACCAGUAAGCACAUCUCAGCAAGACAACGAACUAGUCAGCACAUCAGAACUUGACAGCAAACCAGUUGGCACAGCACAACUAGUCAGUGAGCCAGUCAGGACAUCACAGCCAGACGUUAAUCCUGAAAACACAUCUCAUCUAGACAACCAUCUAGUGAGCACAUCACAACUAGAUAAUGAGCCAGUCAAGACAUCACAUCCAGACGUUGAACCAGUAAGCAUAGGUCAGCUAGACGACAGUCUAGCUAGCACAUCACAAUCAGACAGCAUGUCACAGCUAGUCAAUGAGCUAGUCAAGACUUCACAACCAGACAUUGAACCAGUAAGCAUAUCUCAACCAGACCUUAAACCACUAAACAUUACUCAACUUGACAGCAAACUAGUCAACACUUCACAACCAGACAGUAAACCAGUCAGCACAUCACAGCUAGUCAGUGAGACAGUCAAGACGUCACAAACAGACCAUAAACUAGUAAGCAUAUCUCAACUAGACAGCAAACUAGUUAGCACAUCUGAACUAGACAACAAAAAAGAAAGUUUAUCUCAACUAGACAGCAAACCAGUUAACACAUUAGAACUAGACAAUGAGCCAAUCGAGACAUCACAAACGGACAUUAAACCAGUGAGCACAUCUCAAUUAGAUAACAAACUAGUCAGCACAUCACAACCAGAGAGCAAACCAGUCAACACAUCACAACUAGAUAUCGAGCCAAUCAAGACAUCACAACCAGACAUCAAACCAGUCAGCACAUCUCAGCUAGACAACAGUCUAGUCAGCACAUCACAACCAGAUAACCAACUAUUCCACACAUCACAACUAGAAUGUGUACUAGUUAGUAUAUCUUUACCAGAAAGCAAACCACUCAUUGCAUCACAUCUGUACAGCAUGCCACUAAGUACAUCACAAACAGACAGCAAAACAGUUCACGUGGAGCAACAAGACAGCGAAGUAACUAGUAUAUCACAACCAGAGAAUGAAAUGUUAUCUGGUACUUUAGAGAGGGAAAACUUAGAACAAGUUUCUCCGGCUAAAAUUGAACUUGUUGUGUUUGAUCCUGCUGCAGAAGUCGUAUCUGAAUCUGAGCAGGUCCGAGGUGAUCAUGGCCUGGAAGGCUGUUGUGAUUUGCAGAAUUGCAAAGUGUUGGUUUCUGAGCCUCUAACUGUCAGUGUACACAAACAGACUGAGCAAACAGAGCACAGCCCAUGUCAGAUACACAAACACAUCCAAACACCACCUGAGCAAGUGCAUGAUCUUUCUGCCACAAAAGAAGACCAUCAAGCAUUUAGUAACAGUAGCCAUGACAAGAAUGCAUCUGAUGGUGAUUAUAGUUUGAGUGCAGAGGAAGAAAGUGGGCCUGUUUCGGCUGCUCCGCAAAGCAAACAGGUAGCUUUUGCCUCUGUCACCACGGUGCCUGAGGAGGAUCUGGUUACACUCAUUUCACAGGGUCAGGUGAGGACAGAGUCCCACGAGGACAGAAACAAUGAGACUGAGGUAAAACUCCAGACAAAAGAAGCACAUGCAGAAAGAGAAGUAGCUGGAAAUGUAUCUUGUAAGGAGGAAGAAACGGUAGAAAAGAAAAGCAUUGGAGUGACAGAAAGCAAGACAGAGAAUGAUAUAGUAGCAGUUUGUAAGGCAGAGGAAGUUGAGACUGCUCAAACAGAUCUGGUAGAUGCCACACCCAAGUCUGAUUCCAACGUUCAAGUUCAGGAGGAGUGCAGCUCCUCUGUAGGAACAGAUGAGAAGAAACAAACCGAUGUUGAAGAGAAAGGGGUGGAGGAAGAGGAGACCGAGGGUAUUACUGUGAGUGAGCAAGAGGCCAUAGUGAUCAGCUAUUCUGAAAAUAGAGUCCAGUCAGCAUGCAAUCAAGUCCUUGAUCCAGACGCAGAUGUUCCCAACACAAAUGGACACAUGCACACUCAGGACACACCUACCACCAAAGGAGAAGGGCAAAAUACAAAGGAGGAGGAGGAGAGAAAGGGGGAAAAUGAGGAGAGGCAAGAGGAUGAGGUUAAUUCCUCUGUGAAUGGCUCUCCAGCAGGGCAUCAGCAACAAGCAGACAUGGAGACCCGUUACCAUCAGCAGGAAGAGCAAGCAUCCAGUCAGGAAGUAGACAGCAUUGUUUCCCACCUGUCUGCUAAAACCCAAAAUGAAGACCCCUCAGCAGUUCCUCCACCACUGCCUCCCAUCUCCCAGAAGACCCAGCCUGUCCAGAGUGAGGCUUAUGACAUCAAUCCUGAUGUCCUGAGCUCUGGAGUGCUCUGCCUGCCGGGAACAAGAGAUAAAUCAGGCCAUGCCCUUGUGACAGUGACAAUGAGAAACACUAUCUGGUUGAAUCCGAACUGCAAUAGUGGAGAGCUGAUGCGGAUCAUGGUCUACUUCUUCAGUACACUCAGGAAGGAAGUUAGUGCUUUGGGACUGACUGUCCUGGUGAAUGCCCGCAGGUGUUCUCCUGUCCCCGCCCUCUUUAAAUCCUUCAACAUCCUCCAGGAAGCCAUGCCGGGAUGCAUCCAUACAGUACUGCUGCUGGCCGACAGAGAUUUGGCUCUACGUGUGGAGAAAACCACUUCUAUACAGGUGGAGUUGUUGACAUCGCUUAAGUCUCUCUAUAAGCAUGUUGACAUCGCUCAACUCCCCACUGAGUUUGAAGGCACUUUCCCUUAUUCCCACAGCAGCUGGAUCUGUUUCAGAAUGAGGCUGGAGCAGCUGACCAGCCAUUGUGAGGAUGCUGUGAACCUGCUUCAGAACACCAUCAGCAAACUGGAGUCUACAGUGCUGCCACCUACAGCAGAGGAGGCACAGAUCUUAUUGUGUAAGUACAGAGAGUUGAUGAGGACUGUUCUGGAGGACAGCAGGUUGGUGCGGCUACAGCUGGAGGGAGGAGCCGCUCUGUCCCGUUUGCGAAAAGAGGAGACCAGUGUCAGUCUGACAGAGGACUACAGAGAUGCCAUCGAGAGUGCAGGCUGUCUGUACAACCAAGUGGACGAGUUGGUUCACAGACUGGUGAUGCUGUCCAACAAAUGCACACAGGAACUGGAAUUCAUAAUGGAGUUUAAGACUCUGGAGGAGGGAUUCAGAGAGGUGAGUCAGUGGAUAGAAGAAGUGGGCGAGACUCGUCUGCAGACACUGAGUGAGCUGGAAGAUUCCUUUGAGCAGUUACAUCAUAAACAGACUGUCUUCAGAGAAUUUUACACAGCUGCAUAUGAACACUGUAAGAGUGGUGAAGCUCUCCUUAAGCGCUUAGAGAAGUGGGAAGACGUCUCUUCUGCAGAGCUGCAGGUGUACGAGGUGAAGAUACGCUCAUUCUGGGUCCAUCUACAUGAUUUCUCCCAGCGAGUGGAGGAAACCAAGGAUAAAAUUGACAAGACUGUUCGACUCUACGAGUUUUUUGACAAGGCAUAUGAAUGGGCGCUAGAGGGCAUGCGUCAUUUGGCGUGUGUUAGUAUGGAGGAAUGUGGCAUGUCUGACAGGUGUCAGAGCGUGAUCAUGUGUCUGGAGACCUAUCACAGUCAGCACCCCCCGAUCCCCGACGCACACUUCCAGGAGAUGAAGGACCUCGCUGGGGAGCUGAAGAGUGAGCAGGGACUCAAGCAGUGGAAGUUUGCCUGGUCCAAGUGUCAGGAGACCAAGCAGAUGUUUGAGAAGAAGCUGGAGAUGGCCCUGCGCACCCGCCGCGAGAGCGGCUCCAAAUCAGCGAGGGGUGACUCCUCUCGCCGGAACUCGGACCGUAGCGCUAAACCUCAGGAGCGUAGCAGUAGCAUCUCCUUCUCAUGUCGGAAAGCGUUCGGUGGAGGUUGGGCCAGGGACAGACUUUCCUCACAUUCCAGCAUGUCCUCCACUCCUAGCAGUCCUUCAGGCAUUCGCAUGGACACUCGUGACUCUGUCCGAACCCCCACAGGAAGUCCAUAUAGCAUUGAGCACAGCACGCCUGUCAGAUCCCACAGGCUAACACGAAGCAUCUCUACAGACGAGUCUCCGCAGCGGCCACAAGUGGAGGGGCAGGCAUGUGCAACAAGCCCAAGCCUCACUUCUAUAGAACCAAACCGCAGGGUUUUGCGGAAGACCCAGAGCUUUGAUACGGCCGGUAGCGAGUCUGUGUCACGGUAUGGGACCUGUCAGAGAACUUUGAGUGAGCCUGCACGGAGAGGAAACACAGGGGUGUUCAUUAAGGGUCUGGAGGUGAGCAGCACUGAAGUGAUCGAUCGGCCGUACAGCCCGCGACUGCCGCCCAUGCAUGGAUGGUCUUCUGUUGAUUCACACCGCAGCGGGAGUCCUGCACCAGAAACACGCAGCAAGGGCAGUAAACUACGCCACAUCGUAGAUGAGAUGGUAACAACGGAGCGGGAAUAUGUGCGUUCUCUGCGGUACAUCAUUGACAACUAUUUCCCUGAGAUGGAGCGUGCUGACCUGCCACAGGACCUGCGGGGAAAGCGCAGCGUCAUCUUCGGAAACCUGGAGAAGCUGGUGGACUUCCACAGCCAGUAUUUCCUGAAAGAGCUUGAGAGCUGCUGCAAUCAUCCACUACGCGUCAGCCACUGCUUCCUACGACAUCAAGACCAGUUCAGCCUGUAUGCUUUAUACAGCAAGAACAAGCCAAAGUCAGACACACUUCUGGCCAGCCAUGGAAACAGCUUCUUCAGGCAUAAGCAGCUGGAGUUGGGGGAUAAGAUGGACCUGGCGUCGUACCUGCUGAAGCCCAUCCAGCGCAUGAGUAAGUAUGCCCUGCUGCUGAAAGACCUGAUCAAAGAGGUGAGCGAAGUCCAGGAGCAGGAGCUAAUGUACCUACGUGCCGCCGCCGAGAUGGUCAAAUUCCAGCUUCGCCAUGGCAACGAUCUGCUCGCCAUGGACGCUAUCAGAGAUUGUGAUGUGAAUUUGAAAGAGCAGGGGCAGUUGGUUCGGCAAGAUGAGUUCACAAUUUUCUAUGGCAGGAAGAAGUGCCAAAGACACGUGUUCCUGUUUGAGGAUCUAGUGCUGUUCAGCAAACCCAAACGCGUUGAGGGUGGCCUAGAUGUUUACAUAUAUAAGCACUCUUUUAAGACGGCUGAUGUGGGUAUGACAGAGACGUCGGGUGAGAAUGCUCUGAGGUUUGAGGUCUGGUUCAGGAGGAGAACUUCAAAGAACCAGACCUACAUUCUCCAAGCCAGCAGUGCCGAGAUCAAACAUGCCUGGACCUGCGACAUUGCACGGAUACUAUGGCAGCAGGCCACGAGGAACAAAGAAAUUCGAAUGCAGGAGAUGGUCUCUAUGGGGGUGGGCAAUAAACCCUUCCUGGACAUUAAACCCAGUGAUGCUGCUAUCAACGACAGAGCUAUUGACUACAUUAUGAAAGGCAGAGGAGCCAGGACGAGAGCCUCCAUUGCUGUCUCGCUUUUUGACCACUCAAACCCAUUCAAACGAGCUGCAGUAAAUGCUCCCGUUAGUGGCCCCCCAGUGUCCAGUGGCCCCUCUUCUUCCACGUUGCUGGGCCCAUUAAAUCUGCAUAUGUACAGCACCCAAAACCUGUUAGCAGGGGAGAGACCUCUCAUUAGCCCCUGCAUCGAGGAAGACGAGCUGGAGCACGAGACAAGCAGUCAACCGUCUAUGACUACAGAGAGUUCGGGUUCGUCAUCUCACUGUCUGUCAGGUAGUGGCUCAAGCGGGUCAGACAGCGGAUGUGUGUCCAGUCACCAUCCCGAGGCUUUGUGCGAGGAGCCCAGCUCACCGUGUGACUCCUCCUGUUACUCCUCCAUCACCUCUCCCACCCAGGACAAACCCUGCUUUAACAGCCAGUACAUCUCAGCGGUUUAAGACCUGUCUGCUUCAGAUUGUGAAGACAACGUUGCCACACCGAAGAGGAGUACAGAGCUAGUAUUUAUUGUUCCCAUUGAGUGCCAGCAAAUCUCAUGCAGAGUUUAAAAAGCGCUCAAAAUAGCACUGUUUCUCUUUUUCUUUUUAAAGCCACUUUUAGCUUCAAUAGCUUUUAUAUAAUUUUAAAAAUGAUCUAUAAAACUGAAUAAAUAUUCUUGUAUUUAUCUUCUUUUCAAAUGUUAAGAUACAGUAGUGUUCUCAGCUGUAUUAUUAACUGUAAAUACUGUAGUAGUGUACAAUACACUUCUGAACUGUUGCGGUUAUUCAGUUCCCACUCUUUUUGCCGUUGUUGUUGUUGCCCAUUUUGCUGCAGACUUCAGCUGGUUUGAUUUAGAAAAAAAAUGCCUUAAUGUUAAAAGGCAUGGCUAGAUUUCUAAGCAUCAGUACACUAAAGGUGUUAAGCAAUGUUUAAAGCAUUUGUUGUAGAGUUUCUGUUCUUUCUAGUGUUUCCAUAGUUUGUGGACCUGUAGUCAGUCAAUAUGCUGUAUGAUAGCUGGCCUGAUCCAGAAUCAGAGAGCAUUCAUUCAAAUCAUACGACUGACCUCAGGUCAGCACUGCUGCCUGUUUGGAGAUGGUGAGAGUUUUCAUUUCAGUUCUCUUAUUUACAUGAUUAACUAUAACAAAAUACAACAUGUAAAUUGUAAAUAGUUGCACCAGUGGUGCUUUGAGGACAUAGCGUUUAGGAAGUAAUGUUUAUACAUGUAUUAACCAGUCAACAUGGGAAUCACUCAAGUGCCAUUCUUUGUUGCCAACCCAAAUUGGAAGUGUAAAAUCAAAAGAUAAUAGUAUGCAAGUUCCACUUCAGGCUGAAGCAUGAGUAUGCACUCAAGUGUUUUAUUUUCCAUCUUAACAAGUUCACACAGAAGUAAUAAAGACUGGAUUGCUUUGUACCGGUAAAGAAAGUGUGUUUUAUUUAUGGUCUUUAAUCAUUUAUGAUUGGCAUAAAGUAGAAGCACAUAUCCCACAAACCCUGCGGGCUGGUAUUCAAUUUCUGCACACUGACUG